UGCACCGCAAGGCUCAGCAACAAGUCACAACCGGUCUGCAGAAUUUCCCGUUGCACGGUAAUGUUCUGCGCUCGUGCCCUCGAAGAGCGAGUCAUCCCGGGUUUUUGCGAUCGUUUGAUGUUUAUAUGCGAUCAUCAGAUGUGAAUGUACACGCGGACCUGAUGGAGAAACACAUCAGCUGUAUUUGUCAUGCAAUCUCGGUUUGAAGAUAAUGAUGACGUCGCUCAUUGAUCAGGGUGAGGACAUGGGCCUGGCGACACCGAUGGAGCUGAUGGACCCUCAGAAGGACGAUGACCCCCAGUGUCCCGACCACUUCAGACAGAGCCUCAUGCUUCAGCUCAUUGACGAUCUGUCAUAUGAGGAUGUGAAGAAAUGCUACAGGGGAUCAACCGUCAGCAAAUACAACUCCCAGUACCACAAACUCUUCUCGGCCGUCCCAAAGGAGGAGAUCCUCAUGAAGGUUUAUUCCUGUGCUCUUCUGAGGGAUAUUCUGCUGCAAGGACGGCUUUACAUUUCUCGAAACUGGCUUUGUUUCUACGCAAACCUUUUCGGGAAGGAUAUCAAGGUUGCCAUCCCGGUGGUGUCUGUGCGACUGGUGAAGAAACACAAAACGGCCGGCCUGGUGCCAAAUGGACUGGCCAUCACCACCGACUCCAGCCAGAAGUAUGUGUUUGUGUCUCUGCUGUCGCGGGACAGUGUGUACGACGUGCUGAGGAGGAUCUGCACACACCUUCAGGUCAAUGGGAAGAAGAGUCUGAGUCUGAAGCAGUUCCUGGAGGAGCCUGGCUCUCUGUUGAUGUCCACGGUCUCAUGUGAGAUGAAUGGUGUGCAGGAUGAGUUUCCGAUGUCCACUGAUUUCACGCCGGUGUUGAAGUGGCGCAGGAAGCCGCCGGCUCCAUCCGUCUCUUCAUCGCUGCCGGAUCUGCUGGGAAACUCCACGAGCAGCCUGAGCGCCGGAGACGCAGUGUACACCGCAGAGACGCCGCUGGAGGGUAGAACAUACACACAGCUCUCAGAUGCAGAACUAGAUCAUUCUAGACAGAGACGGCUGGAGGCCGAGAAGAUCCUGCUGACUGAACCCGUGUCUGAACUGGGUCACAUGGAGUAUCAUCUGCUCAAGUUCUUCAUUUUGCUUAUCAUUUUGCUCAUCAUGUCAUCGUGUUAUCUGGCGUUUCGCGUCUGCAGUCUGGAGCAACAGCUGUCUUUCCUCAACACACAGCCGGCGAUGAGCAUGAGAGAGAGGUAACCCUGGUUUAACCCCGUGCCAACCGGCUUUGCAGGAGAGUAGUGUCUGCAGACGGCUAAACCAGCUCAGUUACAGGUACAUCACUAGUCAAGAGGUAGUUAGCUAACUGACCGACAGAGGACGACGAGUGACCGGAAGAUUCCCGACAACAGGAAUAUUAGCCAGGCUUCACCUAACAGCUCCGCAUCUAGGAUAUCUCCAGGACUCAGGACCGAUCAGGAUUACGCUGGCGACUGUUACGAGCAACGUUUUGCUGUUGUUGAACCCAAACGUCAAGAGACUCGAGACGUCCGCAUAGUUUCACUUUUUUAACUCUUUCUAUGUUUGUCUUUUGUUUUUUUCUUAUAAAUGACCUGAAAUGUGCAUGUUUACCAGUGUUUAGCGCACUGCAAAA